UGUGGUUACCAUGACAACAUUUAUCAAACACCGCUAGGACUAGCUAAGUGCUAACUAGCUAGAUGUUAUGACUUAUCACUUACGCAUAUUUUUAAUAUAGCUACAGUUAACUAUCCAAGUUUUCUAACAUUUCAUACCGUGCGCCUCCAUGUCAAAGUAUAAGACAUCUGGAUACAAAGGCUCAUAUGACUAUAGCAAAAGUGAAGAGCGGGAAGGAAGAAGUUGUGUGCGUUUCAAAUGUGGCCUACUCAACACCAUACAGGAUGUCUUGCGGCAAAGACCAGGUUGGGUUGAAGUCAAGGAUGAUGGCGAGUGGGACUUCAACUGGUGUGAUGUGGGCUGGCUCAGGGAGAAUUUUGAUCACUCUUACAUGGAGGAACAUGUAAGAAUAAACCACUUUCGCAACCAUUAUGAGCUGACUCGCAAAAACCUCAUGGUGAAAAACCUUAAAAGAUACCGGAAAAAUCUUGAAAAGGAUAUUGGCCGGAUGGAGGCAUCCAAAUGUGAUUUUUUCCCCUGCACCUUUGCACUGCCCAGCGAAUAUCAUCUCUUUGUAGAGGAGUUCAAAAGAAGCCCUGGCAGCACCUGGAUCAUGAAGCCGGUAGCAAAAUCUCAAGGGAAAGGUAUUUUCCUGUUCAGGAAACUGAAAGACAUCAUUGAUUGGAAGAAGGAUGGCACCCGGUCAGAGGAACAGAAGGAUGCAGCUCAAGUGGAAAGCUAUGUGGCACAACGCUAUAUAGAGAAUCCCUACCUCAUUAAUAGCAGGAAAUUUGAUAUGAGGGUCUAUGUGCUGGUCACAUCAUAUGUUCCUUUGAAGGCCUGGCUGUAUCGAGAUGGCUUUGCCCGCUUCUCAAGCACCCGCUUCUCCCUCAGCAGUAUUGAUGACAAGUAUAUGCACCUCACCAACGUGGCUGUUCAGAAAACAGCGCCAGACUAUGAUCCUGAAAAGGGAUGUAAGUGGCAGAUGCAGCAGCUUCGAAGAUACCUGACUGCAAAACACGGCAGAGAGACGGUAGAAAUCCUGUUUAAAGAGAUGGAUAACAUAUUUGUCCGCAGUCUACAGAGUGUACAAAAGGUCAUUAUAAAUGACAAACACUGCUUUGAGCUCUAUGGGUACGACAUUCUACUGGAUCAGAACCUCAAACCGUGGUUAAUUGAGGUGAACGCCUCUCCGUCACACACACCCAGCAGUCAAGAGGAUUACGAGAUGAAGUGCCGGCUGCUGGAAGACACUUUGAACGUUGUUGAUAUGGAGGGAAGGCUGACUGGCAAGGAGAAAAGGGUGGGUGGCUAUGAUCUCAUGUGGAACGAUGGCCCUGUCUAUAGAGAGGAUGUCAACCUAGAAACAUUUGGCAGUUCAUGUUUCACUGCCAACACACACUUAGGGUGUGUGAAUGACAGAGAGAAGCAGCUUCGCCGGCUUCUAAAACCAUUUCCAGGCCAGAAGAGGAUGUAACACACUCAUCAUUUUUAUGUCCCACCACUAUAGUACUUGGUAUGUGUCUGGAAGAAGACAGGUUCCAGUGAACACAGAUAACUGAAAAACAUACUAAAUGAGCUCUCUGUGAUGAUCUGAUCAGAUUCCAAGCACCUACAUUGAAAUCUGAAUAUGCAAAUGAAUGAAAACCUUUUCUUAAAACUACAGCAAACCUUGUAAUACUUUCGAUCUCAGAGUUCCAUGUCAAGUAUACUUGUAUACAGUAUUUUGCUUAUGAAUGCAGUAAUUAGCAUGAUUAAUGACCACAAGUGUAACUGGUUAAGUUUGGGAUGUUAGCUGUGUCUCAGUAAUAAAGACAGUUGUGAAGUGUG